UCAAAUUUCCAUGACUGUUUGGUAGGACUCCGUGUUUGCGUUGUAUCAACCGAACCACCCAAGUGCGAUAUUUUAUCGUUAUUAGUGAAAACAAAGCAUUCCCGUGAUCACCCGAGACUCUCUGGUGCAUCGAAAAUGGCACAGAAUAUCAAUCCAUUCUACUCAUCACCCAGUGCUAACAGUAAAGCCAGGGAGGAGAAGCAGAAUGUACCCAAAGACAACCACGCAGUCAGCAAAAGAUUGCAGAAGGAGCUCAUGGUCCUGAUGAUGUGCACCGAGAAAGGCGUAUCUGCAUUCCCCGAUGGCGAAAAUUUGUUCAAGUGGAUUGGAACCAUCACAGGCCCUCGUGACACUGUAUACUCGGGACUGACGUAUAAGCUGACUCUCGAGUUUCCCCACAGCUAUCCAUACAGUGCCCCCAUCGUUCGUUUCGUCACCCCAUGUUUUCAUCCCAAUGUCGAUCCAGUUGGUAAUAUCUGUCUGGACAUUCUCAAGGACAAAUGGAGUGCUCUUUACGAUGUUCGUACCAUUCUGUUGUCCAUCCAAUCUCUUCUUGGAGAGCCAAACAAUGAUAGUCCCCUAAAUCUGCAGGCAGCCGAACUAUGGAACGAUCAGACUAAGUACAAGAAGCAGCUUCUCGAAGAGUAUCACAAAGACGUUGAUCGUAAUCCCCAGGAUUCAUGAUAAGCAAAUAUAAACAUUUCAAAAUUUCAUCUAUAUUAUUACCAUCUUUCGUACUGAAAAGAGGAUUAAAAACCCAACAACAAAAAGAAGUAAAAUGAAAUAAGGAGUCUUGUCCUCCAUCGGUUAAUUCAAAUUGGCUCGUUCACCGAUGAAAAACUCGGACUAGCGGCCUACUAGUAUAAAUUGAAAGAUGGAACAGGCGUUAGUAUGGAUUGACUAAGUAUUAUUGAAAUUUGUGGUGAAAAAAAAAAGUGAAUUCUAAAAAGCUGUCGAAUAACUGAGUGUCUAAUUGUAGAAAAUUAUUUGGUACUCGUCUGAAACUUAUUUAUUUCAUUUUUUUAUGUUAGUGGAUAUAUUUCAAUCGUCUCGAUCAAUAGGUAAAAAACAAUUACAAAAAUACGAAAAUAGAUAAGAUUUUUGUUUCUUUCGUUCAUUGUCAUCUCUUUCCGGAAUAAAUAUUUUUAAUGUACAAACCAA